AUGCCUCCUAUAAAGCAUAGGAUGAUAUAUAAAGAGCGUACCAAUAUGCUUCUUAAUGAAAGGCCCCGUAUUAGUUAUGGACCACCUAGAUCUAGACCAAGAGCAAGACCAUAUCACCCAUUGCUGGCUCAAUUGGAAUCGAAUGCUUGCGAAGCUUCAAUUAAGGACUAUGAAAGGGAACUACUAGUGUACUUCCAGGAACUGCAACAGUAUGACUGUCCCAGUGCUAAAAUGAUAGAUAAUCAGCCUGAGCUUGAAUGGUACAUGAGGCCAUAUCUACUGGACUUUCUGGUGGAUCUACACAGUGCAUUGAGGCUUUCUGAACCAGUGUUGUUUUUGGCUAUUCAGAUCAUGGAUAGAUACUCAUCCAAGAGAAUAGUACACAAGAAACAUUACCAAUUGGUUACAACAACAUCACUCUGGAUAGCUGCUAAAUUCGAGGACAAAAAAUCUCGUACGCCAUCGUUACGCCAAUUGGUAGCUGCUUGCUCCAACAUAUAUGACUCGUACAUGUUUGUGCAGAUGGAAUCACAUAUACUUAACACACUCAAUUGGGAAGUACGGACUUGCUUCACGACAUUCGAUGCUAUUCAGUUAUGUUUCAGGGAAACAGAAAUGAUAUGGCCGUGUAAGGAUGUGUCCAUGCUGCAGAUAUUUUCUAUAUUUUUUGCUGAACUGUCUUGUUACGAUAAACACUAUAUGGAGUUUUCUUCUUCGGUAAGAGCUGCUUCCGCCAUAGUGUUGGCAUCUGUGCUGCUACAAGACACCAGCUUUCAAAAACAUAUAUCUGAUCUUUUGUUGGACUUCUCAGGUCUCAAUUGUGAUGAUACUUUCUUUUCUAACCCCUGUCGCGUCAACAAGGAAUCUAAUGAUGAUGAUAACGAUGAAAGUAAUGACAUGGACGACUUAUUUUCAGUAAUAUGCGCCCCACUAUUGAAAAUUGAUGAGAAUACACAUAUCGAUAUAAGAAGGUGUUGUUUGCUCUAUCUGAAUGAUAUAUUUAGGCCUAUAACUUCAAAUAAGGAGUUGCCAAGGGCGUUGAGAGCAAAAUAUGAAAAGACAUGUUUACAAGAUUACAUUACAUCGUAUACAACUAAUAAUAUCGACACAUACCUUCAAUUGUGCAAACUAACACAAGCCUUGCUCAAUCCUAUUUAUGAUAGAAGAAAAUUACUUGAUCAGAUAAACUUCGUUACGGAUUUGAUGGUUGGAUUGGAAUUGCAACGGAAAACACCAGUAUACGAAGAUCAUUCAAUCGCGGCAUAUAAAGAUACGAACAGUAAUGUGACAAGUGAGUUACAAAGUGAGAUAUUAGAGGUUGAUUCUAAUGACUCAACUUACUCAUCAUCCUCUUGUAAUCUCAACACUUCAUCAUCUUCUGCAGAAAAUAGAUCACCAUGGACCCCCGCGUCAGUCUUCUCUGCAACCAGAAGUCUAUCAAAUGUGUCUUCUUUUGAUCACGAAAUUGAUGUGGUUGAUUCCACAAUAAAAAAAGACAACCAUUCGGUAUCCUUGCCAACACCCUUAAGAAAUUGCAUAUCUCUGGAGUUCGAGCCUUCCAUAUAA